CGUAAGAGGCUACCUUUCAGGCUCAAUUCCGGAGCUGGUACCUACAUGACACCGUCAGGCACCGGAUGCCAUCUCCACCACUAUCUCUCGCUUAAUUCAACCACAUUCCUCAGCUUUGGUACUCUUCGCCGGUACAUUCUUUUCGAGAUGCGCCUGUCGACACUCUUUUCGCUCUGCUGUCUGUCUUUCCUGCCUCAUGAACCAUAUCGAAGUGUGUCCUGUUCCAAGCUGAACACUCGGUCAUUUGAUGGCUGAGUCAAUCGGCGGCGGUGCACCUGGGCAGCUGCCAGCCAAAGUGGAAGCCUCGGCGAUACCCAACUUGAGUUGUGCUAGAGUGACGCGGCGCCAAUGGACCCUCAUCGCCAUCACCGGCCUUCUCAAUGUUCUUUUCGUCUGUUCUGUACUCUGCAUUAUUGUCCAAAUUUACGAAAUUGUCUCUGAUCCGGACGACUCGACCAACGUUGCGUCGGAGAUUCUGACUUUCAUUUCGGCGCUUGCAACACUAGCUUACGUUGUCCUCCAUAGUAUUUUCUCUCUGAAACAGAGAAUAUGGCGACACCAAGGCCAGCUUCCUGCCAAGGACAAAAAGACUUCUUACAUCGCGGUCCGUUGUGGCGGGACACUAUGCAUGUUGUGGCUGCUGACCAGCGGCUGGAACAUGAUCAUUGUUGCUCGACGCCCAAGAUGCUUGCCUGGGGCUCUCGGUUUGACUAGUUGGGAGAUCGGCACGACUUGCCGGGUAGGUCGAGUGGGCGUCGCUUUUGCAAUGAUAGCCUUGUUGGCUUCGUGCGCACUGUUCGGCAUGCUAGCAACCGUGAGGCGACCAUUCGAAGCGCAUCUGCUCAACUACAAGCAUACGCCACAUGCUCCUACGCCAACAAUCACACCGACUAUCUCCCCCAGGCAGUCACGCUCUCGCAGCACCUCGGUCGCAUCGACCAGAUUUAGCAGAAGGGGUGUAUCCUUCUCAACCCAUCGAAGCACGCACUCGAACGUGUCCAAUGCAGACGUUGACACGAUUGAUCUGAACUCAACGGCCGCCUCGGAUGGUAUCGCAGCACCAGCUCCCAUCCGUUCUCUCGGCACAGGGAUAUUCACUUCCCACGUACACCCACCGCCGGUUCCUGCGGCUUACGCAACACCAUCUCACAACCCAUUAGUUGGACUCCCUCCGCCUAUCUUCCAACCCUCUCUGUCAACUCCCAACCUCCCUCUCCCACCACGCAUGUCCGCUCUCGUCUCAUCAUCGGGCUUCGUACCGCUGUCCAUUCCAGCUCAAUACGCACCCUCUAACUGGCGUGCGGUCCACCCCGCAGCCCCUUCGCCACUGGCCGUCGCCGCCUCACGCUCCCAAUCAAACCUUCCCUCCACAGACCCUUCACAGCGGUUUUCUUACCGAGCUCGGCACGCGCGCUCUUCCAUAUCGCUGACGCGCCCCCACCGUCUGAGCACCUCCACACCUGCCCACAGCGUAGGCUGGAGUUCGCGCAGCGGUUCCACGAGCCCCCGCGACAGCCACGAUGGCAAUGAGCGAAGGGCUGCGGCGGGCCAAAUCGCUUUUGCUAUACUCAACGGGACGAGGAUACCAGGGACGGACUUUGCGAGGGCAGCGGGGAGGCAUGCGAGACAUAAGAGUGCGCCUGAUGCGUCGGCGUCGGCGGGCGCGCAGGUACUGCGGAAGAAGGUGCAGGUAAUUCCGGGGCAGGGGAAGACGCUGGUGAAGUCGUCGUCUGCAACGCUACUAGGCGUGCAUGAAAGUGGUCCGCCAGCACCAGUGCAGAAAGACACCGCGGUCAAACCAAGUACAGGCAUUGCUCCACCUCAACGGAAACUGCACUCGGAGCGUCCAUCAGCAGUCUUGCCGAAAUCGAAACAACCGCCACCACCACCUCCGCCCCUGCGCUCGCCACCGCCUGCCAACGUUCCUGCUGUACCUAUGCCACUUAUGGUCACUGCCCCGCGGCAGGUGCAGCGUCCACCCCCGGCAGCGCUGACAAAGCGACUGAGCGCGGAUCCUAGCAUCGCAGCGCUGCUCGGUCCGGCAUCGUGGGAGAAGGAGAACGUUGAGGUUGGGCUUGGGCUUGAUUUCGAUUUUCAGAUGGUGAAGAAUAAGCCGUUACCUAAAAUCAUGGGUGUUGGAGAGGACGUGAAAGCGAAACAGAGCGGGCAAGGUGUGUAUUAUAGAUAGUGGUGUAAAUGUGGAGGG